AUGGGGACGUCGGGGUCCAAGAGCAUCGACGGCGUGGGCGCCGUUUCGGGCGUCGGCGCGGCGGCGGCGGGGCUGGGCGGCGCCGGCGGGGAGGGCGGGGAGGGCGGCGAGGGCGGCGCCGCGGAGGCGUGGCACGGCGGGGCGCAGCUGUACGUGUCGCUCAAGAUGGAGAACGCGGAGAUCAGCGGCGACCUCGUCCCGCACGUCUACGGCUCCGAGCCCAUCAUCGGCACCUGGGACCCCUCCCGCGCCCUCGCCAUGGAGAGGGAGCUCGCGUCCAUGUGGGAGCUCAGCUUCGUCGUGCCACCGGACCAUGAAACACUGGACUUCAAGUUCUUGCUGAAGCCCAAAGAUGCCGAAACCCCAUGCAUCAUAGAGGAAGGGCCCACGCGGCUCCUCACCGGAGGCAUGCUCGAGGGUGAUGUGAGGGUUGCGCUGUUCAAGCUCAAUGGAGAUGAUGAGGUGCUCGAGUUCAGGGUGUUCAACAAGGCAGACCUUGUGUCACCGCUCGAACUUGCUGCGAGCUGGAGGGUGUACAAGGAGAACUUUCAGCCUUCCAAAGUCCGGGGGAUCCCUGAUAUCAGUAUCAAUGUCGCGCCCACUAAUGCCACUGAGGAAGGAUCAGCGGCUACUUUGGAACUUGACUUGGAACACUAUGUUGUUCCGUCCCCGCCAACUGCGCCACCAAAUGGAUAUGCUGCAAACCUUGCUGCGACUCCAGCAUCCAUGAUUCAAACUGGGGCAUUGUGGACAAAUGAUGUCCUUCUAAGUGAUGGGAUUCAGAGUCCAAGUAGUGUUUCUGCAAAAUUAGAAGAUCGUAGUAACGACAAGAAGAAUAUUGAGGCCUGGGCAACAGAUUCUUCUAAGAAUUCUGGACUCAUUGAAUCAAAAUCAGUUGGCACCUUUACACCACUGCAAAAGCUAGAUGGUCAAAAGGGGCUGUUCGUUGACAGGGGUGUUGGCUCUCCUAUGCUUCCAAAAUCAGCAAGUGCAUGCUCCCUGGCAUCUGGGUUUAGUUUUGGAUCAGCAAAGACAAUGCCAGAAGCAGCAGGAGCUGUUGCAGCUGCAGCUGUAGCUGAUCGGUUGCAUGGGUCAAAGGAGGACGGGAAGCUGGCCAUUGUUUUGGUUGGCCUACCAGCUCGUGGUAAAACCUUCACUGCAGUUAAGCUUACAAGGUACCUUCGUUGGUUGGGUCAUGAAACUAGACAUUUCAAUGUUGGGAAGUAUCGCCGUCUGAAGCAUGGAGCAAAUCAGCCUGCAGAUUUUUUCCGUGAUGAUAAUCCUGAAGGUAUUGAGGCACGUAAUGAGGUGGCUGCUUUAGCAAUGGAGGACAUGAUAGAUUGGAUGCGUGGUGGAGGUCAGGUUGGUAUAUUUGACGCAACAAACAGCACAAGAAAGCGAAGAUAUAUGCUAAUGAAAAUGGCUGAAGGUAACUGCAAGAUUAUAUUUCUGGAGACAAUAUGUACUGAUCCAAACAUAAUCGAAAGAAAUAUACGGCUGAAGAUCCAACAAAGUCCAGAUUAUGCUGAUCAGCCAGAUUAUGAAGCUGGACUGGAGGACUUCAAGGAACGUUUGAUCAAUUAUGAAAAGGUCUAUGAGCCAGUAGGGGAAGGUUCUUACAUCAAAAUGAUUGACAUGGUAAAGGGGCAAGAUGGGCAGUUACAGGUAAAUAAUAUCAGCGGUUAUCUCCCUGGGAGGAUUGUCUUCUUCUUGGUGAACUCUCAUCUUACACCACGGCCUAUUUUGCUUACCAGGCAUGGUGAGAGUUUACAUAACGUUAGAGGAAGAGUCGGUGGUGAUACAGUUCUAAGUGAAACUGGAGAACUUUAUGCAAAGAAACUAGCCAACUUUAUAGAAAAGCGGCUCAAAUAUGAGAAAACAGCAACUAUAUGGACCAGUACACUUCAGAGAACAAUUUUGACAGCAAGUCCAAUUGUUGGAUUUCCCAAGAUACAAUGGCGUGCUCUUGAUGAAAUCAAUUCUGGAGUUUGUGAUGGGAUGACUUAUGAAGAGAUAAAGAAAAAUAUGCCUGAGGAAUUUGAGUCACGCAAGAAGGACAAGCUAAGAUAUCGCUACCCCCGUGGAGAAUCUUACCUCGACGUGAUACAGAGGUUGGAACCCGUCAUCAUCGAGCUAGAACGCCAGCGUGCACCAGUGGUUGUCAUAUCUCACCAGGCUGUACUGCGAGCACUGUAUGCAUAUUUCGCGGACAGGCCUUUGAGAGAAGUUCCAGAGAUAGAGAUGCCACUACACACCAUAAUCGAGAUACAAAUGGGCGUUCUCGGCGUUGAAGAGAAGAGGUACAAACUCAUGGACUGA